AUGAAGUGUAAUGGAGACUUCUUACAAAAAGACCCAGAUGAAGCCAUAGAGUAUCUAAACGACUUAGCUGAAAAGGCUCAUACUUGGAUUGGACCUAAUGCAUCCGAUAGAACUAAUAGGUCACGACCUCAGGGAAACUCUACUAGCACAAACAUUUAUUACCUUAGGGAGGAAGACAACCUUAGAGCCAAGGUAGAAAGCCUCACUAGAGAAUUAGAAUCCCUACGUGCUAAGGAUUCAAAACCUACACAUGUUGUUUCCCGUGUUACGUCUGAAGGGGAACGUGGGAAGUUUCCAGCUCAAGCUCAACCAAACCUAAAAGGGCAGCACAUGGCACAAAUCUCAGGAUCCGAAGAGACCCAUUUUGAGGAGGCGAAUGCUGUAACCACUAGAUCAGGGAAAGUUGUAGAACUAACCCCUCCACCUAGAGAGAACCAAAAAGAGCCAAGUGAGCCUGAUGGGAACAGUCCUAGUGAAAAUGUAGUGGAAAACCCAGCUAGAAUACCUUUCUCUCAAGCUCUCAAGUCCACUUCGAAAUCAACAGAUGUGAAGGUGGAUGUUAACUUUAAAAUUCCUAUUAUACUUGGUAGACCUUUCCUUGCUACAGUUAACGCUCUUAUCAAUUGCAGGAAUAGUCUGAUGAAGCUGACAUUUGGAAAUAUGACUCUAGAAGUCAAUAUUUUUCAUGUCACCAAACAACCUACAGAAGAUGAUGAAUGCCAUCAAACCUACAUGAUUGAUGUAUUCACUCAGUAG